AUCGGAGCGUUUCGUCCCCGGCCGUGGCAGACGAGCACGAGGGUCUCCAAUGGCGGCGGCGUUGCGCUGCGUUCUCGCUUCGGCUCUCGUCGCGGCGGCGGCGAUGGCGAUGGCGGCGGACGCGCUCGGGGUGAUCUGGGGCACGAUGUCGACGCGCCGGCUGCCGCCCAAGGUGGUGGCGCGGCUGCUCGCGGACAACGGGUUCCGGAAGGUCAAGAUCUUCGACGCCGACGAGCGGACCAUGGCGGGGCUCGCCGGGACGGGCAUCGAGACGAUGGUCGCCGUGCCCAAUGACCUCCUCGCCGCCGUCGCCGACUACGGCCGCGCCCGGGAGUGGGUGAGGGAGAACGUCACCAGGUACGCCUUCGACGGCGGCGUCGACGUCAGGUUCGUGGCCGUCGGCAACGAGCCGUUCCUCCGGGCGUACGGCGGCGCGUUCGACCGCGUCACCGUGCCGGCGCUGAGGAACAUCCAGCGCGUGCUCGACGAGGCCGGCCACGGCGGCAGGGUCAAGGCGACGGUCCCCGUGAACGCCGACGUGUACGACUCGCCGCCGGGCGACCCGGUGCCGUCGGCGGGGAGGUUCCGCGCCGACGUGGCCGGGGUCAUGGCCGAGGUGGUGCGCUUCCUCAACCGCAGCGGCGCGCUGCUGACGGUCAACAUCUACACGUUCCUCAGCCUGUACGGGAACGACGGCUUCCCGCUCGACUACGCCUUCUUCGACGGCGGCGGCGGCGGCAAGGCGAAGCCGGUGGUCGACGGCCGGGUCACCUACACCAACGUGUUCGACGCCAACUUCGACACGCUGGUGUCGGCGCUGAGGAGGGUCGGGCUCGGCCACCUGCCGGUCAUGAUCGGCGAGGUCGGCUGGCCGACGGACGGCGACCGGCACGCCACGCCGGCGCUGGCGGAGCGGUUCUAUGCGGGGCUGCUCCGGCGCCUCGCGGCGGGGAAGGGCACGCCGCUCCGGCCCGGCGCGCGCAUCGAGGUGUACCUGUUCGGGCUCAUCGACGAAGACGCCAAGAGCGUGGCGCCGGGCAACUUCGAGCGCCACUGGGGCCUCUUCACCUUCGACGGCCGGCCCAAGUUCCCCCUCGCCCUCCGCGGCGGGCGCCCCGCGAUGCCCGUCCCGGCCAGGGGCGUCGAGUACCUGCCCCGGCGGUGGUGCGUGCUGAACCCGGACGCCGCCGGCGACGACGCCGCGGGGCGGGUCGCCGACAACGUUGGCUACGCGUGCGGCCGCGCCGACUGCACGGCGCUGGGGUACGGGUGCAGCUGCGGCGGCGCACUGGACGCGCGCGGGAACGCUUCGUACGCGUUCAACGCGUACUAUCAGGCGCAGGGGCAGGCCGAGUCGGCGUGCGACUUCCAGGGGCUCGCCGUCGUUGUCGACGAGGACGCGUCGCGGGGCAAGUGCAACUUCAGCGUGCAGGUCGUCGGGUCGGGGGCGCCGGAGCCCGCAGCCGCGGCCAUGGCGAGGACGGCGGCCGUGCUGCACUGCUACAGAAACCUUGAUUUGUCCCAGUCGAGAAAUCUUUUUUCCCACGGCGGCGGGCAUGCCCACCCCUGCGCGUGGCCGCGCGUGGCAGCGGCGGCUUGCUGGGCCGCAUCCGCGCCCCGUCCCCACCAGUGUCGCUGCGGCUCCUGGCCGCGCGCGACGGCGGCGGCUCGCCGGCACCUGGCCGCGGCUUGCCGGCCCGCAGCCGUGCGCGCUUCCCGUAUCUCGCCGCCCCCGCACACCAUCCCCGCCAGCGUGGCCGCGCCUCCUAGCCGCACGCUGCGGUGGCGGUGGCUCGCCGGCUCGCCGGCCCGCGCCCGCCCCCACCGGCACCUGGCCGUGGCUGCCAGCCCGAUGCCGCGCGCUUCCCACCGGUGCCUGGCGCGGCUCACCGCCCCCGCCUGCGCCUGA